UUCCCUGCAUGGACUAUGUCGGAAAUGGCUGAUCACCCCCUCUGUGAGAAGUUUGAGGCCAAUGUUUUUGCCAAGAGACGAUGCCAGAACUGUUUCCGGACAGUCGCUGCUCACCAGCCUGGUAACCAGGAACUGGAGGAACCUACAGUGAAAACUCUUGAUUGUGUUGCUGGUACCAACGAAUCUGGGCCCUGUGACCCAUGGGACCCCUUGUGCAUUUUAGUGCCCCAGUGUGAGCUCUAUGUAUGCGUGGAGGACAGAGCUGAGAGCUGGCAGGAAAGCUUGGAGUACACCCAGCUCAGCAGCAAAGCUGAGGAAGAAUCUGAAAAAACCGCUACCUGUCCCAACACCAACACCACUGCCAUCCCCAGUGUUGAGACCGACACCAAUGCCACGCUCAGCAGGGACUGGGAAAUGACCAGGCUCCUUGAUCAUAUUUUGGGAUCUGACAAAGGAGACACAAUGUACUAUGCAGGCCAGAAGCGCGAGGUGCGACCUGAAAAUGUACACUCUGAGAGACCCAAGCGGGCUGAGACCACAUCAUCUGGGAGAACAGAGUCCUGGAGUUGUCGGAAAGCAGAAUCUAAAGCCAUGAGCCAGGAACAUGGGGACAAUAGGAGGAAGCAUCAAGCAGAGAGUGGCUAUUUCUCUCUGGAGCGUCGGAAAUCUGAACCAAACUGGGCCUCAUCCCAUCCCCGGGUUGGCUGCAGCACUUUGCCUGUCCGGAGCGAUGCCGCAGCGGCAGGUGGGCGGCCUGCUUCCUCCAUCAGCUCGACAGACUCGGACCGGAGCUUGCGCACAAGCGGGAGCAGCGAGGGUCGACACGGCCUGAUGCGGCAGGAGUACACGGUGUUGGCCGACUUGCCCAAGCCCAAGCGGCUCAACCAUCGGCAGGCAUUUGAAAAAGAGCGCAGCAGCUCCCGCACCCGUAGUCCCGGCCGGGCAGAGGUGGAGCGGAUCUUUGGACAAGAGCGGAGGAAGUCAGAGACCCUGGGAGCAUUCCAAGCCCUGGAAGAGGGGCUCCUUGAGCGGCUGGACAGCAAGUCCUUAAAGCUGGCCAAGGAAGGGCGGCUGGUCAGGAGGAAAUCGAGUCCCACGCUGCGUAGAGAAUCCCCCUUGAAGAGCAAAGCUCCUGCGUUCCAGUCUUUGGGAAACAAGAGACUCCCAUGGGAGCCAGAAAAGCCCAGCAGAAGCAAAGAAGCCCUGCGCCUGGGGAGACCAGAUCUGCGCCCAGAGAGAAGUAGGAGCCAAGGUGAGCCUUUGCGCUCAGGCAGACCCACCCAGCGUCCCGAGAGGGAGACCCAGAGCAGAGGGGUCUCUCCGCACUCGGUGGCUACACCUCCUCAGCGGACGGAGAGAGACCGGAGGAAACGGGAGGAGCCCGUGCACCAUCCGAGAUCCAGCGGAGAGAGGGGGGCCCUCCGUGCUGCGAGUCUCGCCAAGCCAACUGAGAGCAGUAGAAAGAGCCAGGUGGAGACCUUCCGUGACAAGAGCUCUGGGAAGGGCACUGAGACCAAAUGGAAAAGCUGCUUGGAGGCCUUGCACACCACUGGCCCUGCAAAGAGUUUGGACAAGAGUCAAGCGAGCCACCAGGGGCAGCCGGAGAGGUACAAAGAGAGUGACCGGAAGGCGCGAGGCAAGCCUUUGCUCCCCAUCGGGACAGCCGAACAGCUGGCCAAGGACACGAGAGACUGCCAAGAAAGUGUGCGUGCUCUCAGCCCAGGGAGAGGGCCGGCGGUCACGGGGAGAGGUGGGCGGGUGUUGAGUCCCCCGCAGCUACGCAGGGAGGUUGGCUGGGGAGCCCAAGGAGAGGGCAGGCGCACUCUCAGUCCAGGGAGAGACACGGGGAUCGGGUUGAAAAGCCAUGGUGAGGCUGGGGGGCUCUCCAGUCCCGGAAGAUGCGCCAGCAGGAGCCAAAGGGAGCUCGGGCGCUCCCUCAGCCCAGGGAGAUGUGGGGAGAGGAGCCGGAAGAGCUCUGGGGAAGCCAGAUGUUCUCCUGGUCUUGGGAGGCCACAGGAGGUGAGCCAUUUGUGCCCCAAGCAGACGAGGUCUUGCGCUGAGCAGCACCCAGAGUACAGCCGGAAAACCCCACGGGAGGCCUCCUCCCAAACUCCAAGGACCAGUACAGAUGGCGAUUGGCUGGGCCAAGAGGAGCCGUCGAACCCUUUCAGUCCCAGGAAGGAGCAUGACUGCAAGGGGUGUGGCCCAUCCUUCUGUCACGCAAGCUUGCCAGUUGCCGAGCAGAAGAGGACCGGCCAGGGAGACCCCCCUCACUCCUGGAAGUCGGAGAGUAGCCAGCCAAGCCAUGACGGGCCCCUGUGCCACAUCACUCCAAUGCAGCUCUUGCAAAGGGACUGGAUAAGCCAACGAGAAUCCACAUCAUCUGCAAAGGCAGGGCAGCAGCGAUUGGAUGCUAACUGGAAAAACCAAGGGAGUCCAACGGGAUGGGUUGAGGAUGCCUGGGAGACGCAGGAAAGGGGUCCAAGCCCUGCGAGGCCGGAGAAGCAAUUGGAAGAUGAGUGGGACGAUGAAGACAAGCUCUUCUACCAGCAUCAGCUCAACGGAGGACAACCCUCAAAAAGUGCAUGCCCCUUGAGAAGCCAAGACCUUUAUCUGGACACCAGUAAGAAACACGAACCAGAUCUUCUCAAUUUCAAGAAGGGAUGGAUGUCCAUACUGGACGAACCAGGAGAGUGGACGAAGCACUGGUUUGUGCUGACAGACUCCAGCCUGAGAUAUUACAGGGACUCCAACGCUGAGGAGGCAGAUGAUCUGGAUGGGGAGAUUGACCUACGCUCUUGCACCGAUGUGACAGAAUAUGCCGUGCAGCGCAACUAUGGCUUCCAGAUACAUACGAAAGACGGCGUCUUCACGUUAUCGGCAAUGACGUCGGGGAUCCGACGGAACUGGAUCGAGGCUCUGAGGAAAAGUAUACGCCCUGCCUGUGUGCCGGAUGUCACAAAGCUAUCUGACUGCAAUAAGGAGAACUCCUUCCGCAGCUACGGAUCCCAGAAGAGCUCCUUCAGGUCUGAGGAGCAGCGGCCGAGCCCGGGACCUGAGGUUAUAACCAGGGCUGGCAGCGGUAGCAGCAGGAAAGCUGAUGGGCAGCGCCACGCUUUUGACUACGUCGAGCUGUCGCCCUUGCAACAGGGGGCUUUAAAUCAGGGGUCUCCGCAGCGGACGAGAGGGAGCGCAAGAGCCGCGGACUCGGCAGCCAAGCGUGAGGAGCUGGAGCGCGACCUGGCCUCCCGCUCGGAGGAGCGGCGGAAGUGGUUUGAGUCUCCAGCCAGCGGGGUCCUGCAGACGGAUGGCCUUGCGGGGGACCCCUGCCACAAGGCAGGAGGCCACGAAUCUCCAGUGCCCUCCCUCUCCGAGGCUCAGAGGAGUCGGCUGAGCGAAGAGAUUGAGAAGAAAUGGCAGGAGCUGGAGCGUCUGCCCCUGAAGGACUCUAAGCGGGUACCUCUGAUGGCACUGCUGAACCAGGGCAAAGGUGGCUACGAGGAAGCAAGCGAGGCACUGGAGAAAGAGGUCCAGGUCCUGAGGUCACAGCUGGAGUCCAUGCGUGCCCACAGCGAGGCAAAACCUCACCGAGAUGGACAUGCGCCCCGAGGCUACAUCUCUCAGGAGGCAUGUGAGCGCAGUUUAGCAGAGAUGGAGACUUCCCACCAACAGGUCAUGGCAGAGCUGCAGCGGCACCACCAGCGGGAGAUGGAACGGUUGCGGCAGGAGAAGGAGCGGCUGCUGUCCGAGGAGGCCUCUGCCACUGCUUCAGCCAUUGAAGCACUGAAGAAGGCACAUAGGGAGGAGUUGAACAAGGAGCUGGGCAGGAACCGCACUUUCCAGAAGGGCGGCUUAGACCCAGACGCUCUUCGCCGGCAGCAUCAAUCUGACGUGGAGUCUCUGAAGCGGGAGCUGCAGGUGCUUUCGGAGCAGUAUUCCCAGAAGUGCCUGGAGAUCGGGGACCUUGUGCAGAAGGCAGAAGACCAGGAGCAAAUGCUUCAGCACUGCCAGCAGGAAGGGAAGGAGCUGCUGCGGCACAACCAGGAGUUACAGAGGCGCCUGUCAGAAGAGAUUGGGCAGUUACGGGCAUUCAUCGCAGCCCAGGGCUCACGGGACGGUGCUUCCCAUAACAACGAGAGGAACCCUUGCGAACUAGAGGUGCUGCUCCGAGUGAAGGAGAACGAACUCCAGUACCUAAAACAAGAGGUCCAGUGCCUUAGAGAUGAACUCCAAAUGAUGCAAAAGGACAAGAAGUUUGCCUCUGGGAAAUACCAGGACGUCUAUGUAGAGCUGAACCACAUCAAGCGGCGGUCAGAGCGAGAGAUCGAGCAGCUGAAGGAACACCUGCGCCUGGCCGUGGCAGCCCUGCAAGAGAAGGAGAUGCUGUACAACAGUAUUGGCAAGUAG